AUGCCAAAAUUUUAUCAAUUUAUUCUAACAAUAUAUUCUUCUAUUAUUAUUAUAUUUGCUUAUACUGAUCCAUCUUUACUAAAUCCUCAAUUAGUUAAAAGAUUUGAAUAUAAAUUAUCAUUUAAAGGACCUCAUCUUGCUUUUAAAGAUGGAUCUGUUCCAUUUUGGACGUUUGGUGGAAGUGCUAUUGCUAGUGAUGAACAAAUACGUGUUACACCAUCAAUUCGAAGUCAAAUAGGUUGGCUUUGGAGUAAGAAUACAAUGACUGCAGAUACUUGGCUCCUUGAAGUUAAAUUACGUGUAACUGGUCGAGGCCGUCUUGGUGCUGAUGGAAUGGCUAUUUGGUUUACCGAGACAGCAGGUUCUGGAGGUCCUGUGUUUGGAUCCAAUGAUCUUUGGAAAGGUUUAGGUGUAUUUUUUGAUUCAUUUGACAAUGAUGCAUUGCAAAAUAAUCCAAUAAUAGCUGUUAUGGUUAAUGAUGGUACUAAAUCAUAUGAUCAUCAACAUGAUGGUAGUGGACAAAUUCAAGGCAGUUGUAUUCGAGAUUUUCGUAAUAAGCCAUUACCAAUUCGAGUUAAAAUUGAAUAUGUCAAUCAAGGAUUAACAAUUUAUCUUAAUAAUGGUAUAACACAAGAUGAUAAUGCAUUUGAACUUUGUACACGUAUUGAUGGAGUACAAUUACCAAAAACUGGUUAUCUUGGUGUAACAGCUGCAACAGGUGGUCUUGCUGAUGAUCAUGAUGUAUUAGAAUUUAUAACACAUACUUAUACUGAUAAACAAACGGUAGUACAAAAUCAAGCAGCAACAGAUGAACAAGCAAAAAAAUAUAAAGACGAAUAUGAUAAAUAUGAACAAGAACUUAAAAAACAACAAGAAGAGUAUAAAAAAGAACAUCCAGAUUUAACAACACCAUAUGACGAAAAAAGUUUAUUUGAAAGUGAAUAUGAUCGUGAAUUUCGUACUAUCUUAGAAGGUCAAGAUCAAAUUCGUUUAUCAUUAACAAGUAUUGAUAACAAAAUGAUUGAAUUAUUGGGACGUAUUGAACGAUUAGCUAUAACUACUGGCACACAACAACAAAUUACUGGACAAGGUGGAUCAAGUGUACCUGCUGAUGUAGCUCGAAUUCAAGAUAUAAAUCGAGUGAUAAAUUCUAACACUGACAUGACAAGAACUAUUCAAAGUUAUGCACAAGUAUUAACGGAUUUACAACAAAAAGUCAAUCAUAUUCAAACAAGUAUUAAUAAUCAAAAACCUAUUGGUACAGGACAACAAGCAGGUACUUCAAAUAUAGAUGUAACGGCAGUAAAUGAAAUUCGAGAAAUAGUGAGAAUGAUUAAAUCGGAAACAAAUUCAUUAUUACAAAAAUCAUCAGAUCAAGUGAAAUGUCCAACAGUAACUGGUGGGAAUAAUAGUUCUUGUGUGGGUACAUUUACAUUUAUAUGUGCUAUUGCAAUACAAAUUGUUGUUCUAAUUGGUUUUUUUGUAUUCAAGUAAAUAUUAAAACCUUUGUUAUUUGAUAUCUUUCAUAAAAUAGACGAAAAUAACAAUUUGAGUAUUCUAAUGAUUUCUCCUGUUCCUUUUCCAUAGUUUCUGGAGAAUGGUUUCUCAGAAAAAUUUGAAAUUUUCAGGGCACGUAGGUCUUGACGAGUAGAACAAAAAUUGUCAAAAACUCAAAGUUUCUGGAUCCUAGGAUCCAAAUGGUCCCAAUUUAUCCUGCCACUUCUCCGAGACGCUAUAUUCUAUCGGACAGAAAAUCCUAUUACAGGCACUAGACACUGAUCGGAAUGGAUAUUGUUUCAUCUUUUAUCCUUCGAAUAAAAAUGCCAAAAUACUGAAGGUAUCCUAAAACAUACACAUUUUUUUAAAUAGAGCUAUCAGAAAUCAGUAAACCAAUAUUUUUUCAAACAAAAAAUAUAAAACCCAUCUCAAACAGUGUAUAGUAUAUGUGAAAAAAAGUUUCAGCUCGAUUGGAUACACUAGACCGUGAAACACAGCGAUGUUUCUGCACUUUUCUCCAUGACAAAGUUACUUUGAGAAAAACGUGAUUCUCUAAUGUAAAUUUGAUGUUUUAAUGUUUAAAGACAAUUUUUGGAUCUCAAACUGUAUUUAGUACAUAUAUACAAUUUUGAGACUAUACAAUGGCCACAAAAAUCCAAAGAUGAAAAAAAAAACCAAAGUUUUGAUUGAGUGAAUUAAAAGUAGACAAGAGCUAAUGUCUAGUUACAAUUCAUAAUUGUAUCUAACAUAUCCAUUUAUACGACAUAAAAUAUCUACCUUGACGUACAUUUUCGUCCGACUAUAUGACUUCAUAAGGAAAUAUUCUGAAUUUUCACAUUAAUUUUGAACCGAGAGAGCUUACUCAAUAGAUUAAACUUCUAAAUAAUCAGAGAUUUGAGAAAGAUCAGCUCUUCUAAACAUCAAUUUAUAGCUCUGUAUAUCUACCCGAAUCAAUGAUUUCAGCACCCGAAUCUGUGAGUUUCCGGCAAGUUUCCACCGAAAAGACAUCAUUUUUGACCGAAAAACUCGCUAAAAUAGUAGGAACUUGGAAGUACGAAUCCGGUGGCCGAAUAUUUUUCUUUCACUAUUUUGUCGAGUUUCCCGGCAGAAAACGGCUCGUAUUUCUUGACCUGAGUAUAUUCCAUAGUUUUUAUAAGAACGCAACACUUCUCUUGAAACUUUUGUGUUUAUUAACUGAACAAAUAUCAAUGAAAGUGAUAACUCAAAAAAUGAAUCAUUGCUUCGCACAAUUAUUUUUCAUUGCUCAGUAAUCACUAGUUUCGUGUUUGAUACAUAAACUCAAAUAAUAAAAACAUCCUGAAGUUCAAAAACACAUCAGAUCUUCUAAUAAUUCAUUUGAUCUAAGCAUUGACUACAGUAUCAGUCAAGAAGUAAUUUCCAUUGAGAUUAUGUAAUUCUAAAAAGUCAUUAUAAAU